AAGUUGCUGUCAACUUUUCAAUUUUCAAAAUGCCAUUCAUUGGACGUGAUUGGCGAGCUCCCGGUGAAACAUGGGUUCGGACUCCACAUACAAAUGGUUGGGAAAGAACUAAAUUAAGACCUGUACAGAUAUCGUCAGAACCAAUUUUUAUACCUCAAGUGUCUUCUAGUCCAACUCUUGUGAGCAGUUCUUCUCCAAAAUUUAUUCUUGAUUCUGGUUCAUCUGCAUCUUCAGUUCCUAAAUUUGGGCUCUACGAUUCUGAACAAAAUAGUUCAUGUGGUUCUUUGCCUGGAUCUGGAAUUGAAAGAUGCAAUUCGUCUUCGAGUAGUGCAGAGGAUUCUGAUUCGAAUGACAAAGAUUGGAUUCCACAUUGUUUUGUUAAAAGUACAUCGAAAGAGUUUAUUGGAUGUACGAGUAUGUCUGAAGCAUUUCAUCGCCUUGAUCUUGCUCGUGCAGUCAAUGACGUUCGCAGAUUUAACUUCAUUUGCAAGGUAGUUCAAAUAUUAGUAGAAGAGAAACUUCCAAAUCUCUCUGCAACUGCUCGUAAAUCUCUUUUGGGUAUUCUCAGUGCCAUUUGCUUCCGAUCAUCAAACGAAGAUGUUAACGUGUCAACUGCCAAAGAUCUAGUCAAACAGUUCGGUAACGGGUUGGAUAAUGUGAACGUGUGUGGAUCUCCACAAUUAGUGUCUCGUCAUCAUCAAACUGCCUCAUCACUUCUUGAUCUCAUAUCUGAAAAUAAUGUUCGAACGGCUGCUGAUGCCGAUGAUGAAAGUGCUCUUACAUUCUUUGAUCUUCCGAGAGAGAUUGUUCUUCUAAUUCUUCGUCGUCUCCCUGAUCAUAAUUCCCUUUUGGAGACUGCCCAAGUUCAUGAAGCUCUUCAAGACAUGAUAAAUGGCGAGGACAAAAUUUGGAAAUCCCUUUGCACAUUUCACUUCCAAGAAUAUCAAAUCAAACAACAGAAAACCUCAGGAAAAUCGUGGCGUCAAGCCUUUUUCGACCUCAAAAAAUAUCACGGGUGCCGUGAACUCUACGCUGAUCUCAUUCACAUUUGUUGCCAUUGCAAAGCUCUUUUCUGGAAAAGUCUUGGACAUCCAUGUGUCCGAGAGACAACUGCACCAUCUGUUAGAGUCACUCCCAGACAAUUUGUCGAUAUGUUGAUUUAUUUGUAAAUUUUUGAUCCCCUUUUUUUACUGAAAAUCUAUUUUGUUUGUAUUAGAAAGAGACCUAGAUUAACAUGUAAAAACUGCUCUCAAAUUAGAUUUUAACUUUGUGAAAGCUCAAAUAUUUUCGCCACAGUCAUUAGAUACAUCAACUCCAUUUUUUUGCAAAUUAUGUUGCCAAUUACCAAACAGUUGAUAUUCAAAUGACACCAUGAGUCCACUGUUUUCUCAUUUUGUCCCAUUUAUCUAAUCACCCACAACUCAUUGUUUUCUGUGUUAUGUUCUGUUCAUUCACCAUCUUCUCAACCAUCAACUCAAAACAUCUGAACAUCAAACAAAAUCUCUUAAAAACAUCGAAAUCAUGCCAGUUUUUCAGUCAAUUCCCGAUUCUUUCUUACAAUUUUUUCAUUUCUAGUUCCAAAUUCUUGUCAUUAUUUUUUUGUACAUUUCCACCCACAAUUAUUACUACUACAUCAAUUUUGUCAUCGAAUAUUUGAAAUCUCCGAUUGCCAGUCGUUUGAUAAAUAUUUGGAAACUUCUCUG